CCGAUCAUGUCGGUGAUGAAGUCAACGUGUCAUCGUAUACUCACAAGCACCAAAUCGCGCAAAUGAGACGCGGUACCGCCGGUGCACGAUGCGUACCGGUGUGGUAGCCUCCAGGAGGCGAUCGAGUUGAUUGAUGGACUAAAAGUAAAAGGUCAAUGCGCAAACUGGUAAGUGAACUGUGACAGGGCGAAGAGUAGUCGUGUCGGCUGGAACCGGUGGCAGUGACUUGCCGCGACCCGCAAGAUCCCGAGGUCCCGUGGUGGGGAGGUAGGGUGUGCGAAACAAACAGGAAGCGUAUUGCCCGUAGCUGUGCACAACAGCGGAUGCGCGCCAAUGGGUUUUGGGUUCACCUUUUAGCGGUUAGCCGGCCAUCGUUCGGUUCAUGUCGUUACGCGCACACUGUACGGUCAAUCAAACAUCGAUUGCACGGUAGUGUGGCACGGUUCUAGAAAGUUCUGCCUUCCGGCAGCUUAAAAGCUUGAAAUUUUUAUCGUUUUUUUAGUGUAAAGUAAAUAUGUACAUUUAUUCACGUAUAACACAAUUUUUGGAUCAGAACUUUUACACAAAAAGGUAUUAAAUGUAAACUUCAGAUAUUCUUCUUUUACUGAAUAAAACGGACAUUGUUACUAGAUGCCGUCAAUCAAGGGCCUACACGCAUCGGUUCCUUCACUAUCCAAAAAUCUAUAACACGCGAUCACAGUCAGUAGUAGAAAACGGCCAAACACCGAAGGACGCUACCGGGCACCGUCUGACCAGUUACCAAAGCGCGACGCUUCAUCACGGACGCGAAAGAAGCACCGGUUUCUUUGACCAACUAACGCUAUUGACACGCCGAAUAAAUGAAUUCCCAAAAGCAAAGCUCACAAACAAUGUCAAAACCGUCCGAUGGUGUUCGGACCCGGGGUGUUUUUUGGUGCAACGUGAAGUGUGCCAAACGGUAUGCAUUUCGGGGGGUGCAAAACUGCAUUCUCCUGCUGCAAAAGUGCGAGGCAAAGUAAGCUCGCUCGGUCGGUUUCAUCGAGUCUGCUGGUACCGGGUAAGGCGUGUCAGAAAGGUGGAUAAAUUUUAUUGCACACUGCACGAACUCACUCGCACGGGUGCAUAUAUGUGCAGCCGACGACGAUUGGGACGACGGUUUUUGGGAUGGCCAUGGAACAUGAGUGUGAACCAUAGCGCACCGGCUCUGGCGGACUUUUUGUGCCCGAUGUGUGCAAACUGUUGCGUUUCCUUUGGUGGACGCACACGGCAACAGAACGUGAGGCAGACGGCAGAUUUCGCGUGGCAUCGUCGCACCCUGCUCCCCGGUCCCACAAAUUCGCACAAAACACCCCGUCGCAAGCGGCCAAAAGCUAGCGUCCGUUUGCAAAUUUUGCAUUCCGCGCAUGCAGCCGCGAUUUCAAUUGAGCAGACAGUUGACUGUUCUUUUCCUCGCAUUGUCGAGGUGCAAAAGUGUAUAAAUGGGUAAGGUUAACUUUUUGUUUUUGGGAGUUUUCUUCCAUUGCAUGCUCUUUGCCUCUAGCGUAGGAAAUAAUAUGGCAAAAAGCAACAAUAAAAAUAAAGAAACGAAGGAAUUGAGUACAUACUUUAUUUGCGCCUCAUCACAUGAGGUUUCGUACGGUGUUUGCUGAAAAGAUGCGGGUUAGGUUUGUUUCUAUUUGAAUACUCAACAAGUGUUUCUAGGCUUGGUGGGUAGCAUAUUCCAAUAUCCCGGUUAGUGGUUUGCCCGGUGAUCGUAUUUAUGGGUGAUUUAGUUUUAUGUUGCUCCCAUGCUUCGAAUUGUCAAUCAAGCUUUAUUUCGCGCUUGUACUGUGACUUGUUGGGAAGUAUUUGACAUUUUUUCCUCGGACUCCCAAAAUGUGUCCAAAGAAUAUUUUCUAUUAUUUUACAAACUCAAAUAAGAAUAGUUUCCUUCUAUAGUCUCUUUUAUAAAAAUAGUUCUUUUAACAAAACUCGACAAAAUGACUUAUAUUCUUCCUAUUCAACUACAACAGUUUGAUGUCGUUGAAUAGAUUCCGCUUCGCAGGAAUCAAUUUUGACGGCAGGAUGGCAACAUCCGUCGACCACUGUGCUACGCCAAACGAUGACGUUCUCGGUUGCGUCGUCGUCCAUCGUUUCCAUCUCGCGGCCGCCGCCGGCAGUAGCAACGCGGCAAGGCGUACGCCUAUCGAAUCGACAAUGAAUUCCGUACCGACGAUUCCGUGCCACUGAUGCCGUUCUCAUCCGUGCAGCCAUCAAACAGAGGAAAACUGACGCGUCCGUCUCUGUGUGUGUGUGUUUAUACUUGUGAGAGUAUGGAGUCGUGGACACGUAAUCCGUCUGGUUGAUCUGUUCGACCACGACCUUCUGCACCGGCAUGUUGGUUCCCCAGGAACCGUUCCGUGCUGAAACUCUAUCGCUACCGGGCAAUUGGACGACGACUCACGGAUCGGCAAACAUUGGGCGCCUAUCCAGAACAAAGACUGCACCACAUCAUCAUCCGAUUGGAAUUCACGUUCUAUGCAGGGGAUUCCUUGAGGGCUUUAUUGGAUGGUACGGGAAUGUGUACUUCAAAGUGUGUUCCAAGGUUUUUCCACCGCCAAACCUCAAGGCAGUCGGCAUCUUCAGACCGGCGUGUGCUCGGGUUGCAGAAUGGUUAAUGCUGGUAAGCUUUGCGAAUUGUGCCGUCACAACAUUAGCAAAAAUGAAAAUAUCGUCCACACUGAGAUCGAAAGGAAAGAAACUCUGCAAAACCAUCCAGCUUACCGCCCGGGACAGUCCCGACAGCAAGACGCGAUAAAGCACUGAAUGGCGGCCAGACUUCCUUAAAUGACCAUCGCAGAGACAAACGUUACCCUUCCAACCCGCGUAUCUUUCCUCUGAAACCGAGAUUUUAUCCACAUGCGCCAUUGCGCCAGAUGGAAAGUGGACAGUGGAAAAGUAAGUAAAAAGAACAACGACAAAAAACAACUCGAGACAGAACCACGGUUGUUCCCAAAACCGAUUUCUGGUUCGAAACGUUAGAAAACCCAUCUUCCCACGAAAUGCUACCGAACAAACGAGUUUUUCAUCGAUCUCAAUUGCAAUGUAACCGAUUUCGUUUCAUUUCGAGCUGGAACCCUGGAACGCUGCUGGCUCGUCUGCUGCCGUUGGGAAAAAUGUCUGUAUGCUGUUGAGUUGAUUUUCAUUCUUUUCCAGCACAAGAAGAAGCUGAGAGACCUGCUGCUGUUGGUGCUGUUACUGGCAGCGUGUUCUCAUGGCCAACCGACAUGGCGACCGGGAAUGGUUUUGGAUACGAUGAGUGACGGUCGUUCUCGUUUCUGUCAUGACAUGUGACAGACUAACGGAAGUGAACUGUGUUAUGUACGUUCUAUCCACCCAGAGGUCGAUUGCAGCAAUUCUGAUAAUAUUAUUGAAGAAUUGUGGCAAGUUAUUAUCAUUCUGAAGUUAUUUUCUUUGACGAAAGAUAUCAAGAAUUGAUUUAAAAAUAAAAAUUAGUUUUGAUGUCCUUACUUUUACUCCAUAAUACAAGUGAAUACUAAAGAAUAUUACUAAAGUGCAAAACAAAUUAUCUCAUUGUCAGUUAAUUUUCAACAACUCGCACACAAAUAUCACAUUGCCGUAAAAGCAAAAACACUCUUCCUACACUCAGCAAUGAAGAGAUUUCGCAAAACCAUCCGUACAUCACACACGUUGUCAUUCCUGUUACCGUACGUGAGAGAUUCUACCCCGGGCUGGAACAGUUUAACCCGGGCUACGGAACCAGCCUGUCCAAACCUGCCUGUCGAUUCGAUCGACUCCACUGUACAGCACAGAGCAAACCGCGAAUACCAAACUACUGCACAUGAUCUCAAUCGGUAGGCAUUCCAACUCCUUGGGGAAUGCAUCGGUUCGUGGAUGCAACCGGGAACGUGAAUGAACGUAACAGCCGGAUGCCUAUCGCCGGUUGCCAGACCAGGUUUGUCCACAAGAGACGCCACCAGCAGACGGCGCAAUGAGACGUUCCGUUCUCCACGUGUGUCUGUUGAGGUUUGGAGCUUUGUUGAGCCUUUUUUUGUUUGCUGUUGUCUCCAUUUCCUUUCUGCAAAGUGGUGUACCACUCAUAAUUGCACCAAACGGGUGGCGUUGUGAUUUAUUGCGAUGCCGGAAUUUGUCUUGUAUCAAUUAGACUGUCCGCCCGUUUGCCUUUUGUGGUGUAAACCGAGGGAGCAAACGUGCAAACGGUAUUGGAAAUCUCGUCUCUCGUUGUUGCAGCUGACUGUCACAGACGCCAGCAAGACGCGCACCGUUCUGUGUGUCGCUUUCUUUCGUCUUCCUUUCGCCGUAAGGCCAUUUGACAUAAAUCAUCGUACAAUCGCGUAUCAAGCUCACGGUCACCACCCUGGUCAUUGCUGAUUGUACAAUGUGAGGUUGUAGAAUUCCUUUUUUUU